GCGAUCGAUGAGUGAUCAUCGGCACCAGCUCCAGGACUAUCCUUCGUUGCUGCUGCGCUUGUUCCACCAGAGCCAAGGCCCACACUCGAAGCCGUCGAAGAAGGCCCAAGAAGAGCUCUUCCAGCACCUCCAGACUACCUCCCUUCCCGUGGAAUGCUUCGACGCGUUGUUGCCGCACUUCCUCGUCUGUCUCGGCAAAGGCGACGCCGCGUCGAAAUGGCUUGUGCUACUGUUUGCAUCCAAUCUCCUGCGCACGGCCGAUGUGGUCAACAUGGUGAUGCACCAGCAGAAGCUCGUGAUAUCCAUCCUUCCUGAAACCUUGGAAAAGUGGUGGCGCCUCGUGGAAGCUCAAGGCACCGCCCAGUCCAACCUGUCCAACCUGCGCGACGGCGUGUAUGUUCCGAACGCUGUCCUCCAGCACGAAAAACUCGCUCUCCAAAGCAGCCAAUUCUUUGCCCUCGGUCGACUCGUGGACACGCUGGCGCUGCUGCUCCGCGUCACCGACGACGUCGACAUCGUGGACUUUGCCACCCGCACAUUCCAAGUGAUCUUGAAACUUGCGCAAAAAGGCGCGAUUCAAAACGUGUUUGUGCGCGUAGCAGACGUCUUGAUCACGUGGAUCUGCCGCCAGGACACGCCCACGGGCCCACGGGACGUCCUUGUGCGCACAUUGUUUGACAUGCGCGAGCUGUGGGCCGACAACCCGGUGUUCUCGCUGCAACUGAUUGCCUCGUUCACCGCCGAGAUGGAGGCUUGUUGUGCCGAGGACGCGGCCCUCUCGGCCGCAGAUCUCCACAGACUCAAUGCGAUCGUCGUGUGCUUUAUGGCAGUAGGCCAUGGCCUGCGUUCACUUGUGUCAUCGCCUGAUGCCAUCCUUCGUCGCGUGGUGUAUGCAUUGACUAGCCUCGGGGAUAGAUACUUGCUCAGCAUCGACACUGUGACUACGUGUGCGCAUGCCAUGGUGGCCAUACAGUCGCAAGACGCGGCGCUGUUCUCGCCGCUCUGCGUCAGUUGUGUGGACCUGCUGCUGUUGCAUGCUGCGACAUUGUUCCAUCGCCACUUGGCCACGGCGUCGGACGUGUCGGUCGUGUUGGAUCGAGCUCUCGUUCUCUUGGAAGGGUGUUCCAGUGUUCAGUUUUCCCUUCCAAUCGUCAACUUGCUCCAUCGCAACUUGCCGUUGAGUUUGCCGUUGGGCGUGUCCCCCAACAACGGGGGUGCCACGCCACCUUCUACCGCACCUUCCCAAGUGACCUUUCUAUCGCUCUUGUGCACCACCAGUCAAGCCGGUGUGCUGAUCAAGCUCACGCGUGUGGCAGUGCAAUGUGUGCGUCUAGGCGGCAUCCCUGCGUUGCAAGUGUUUGGCUUUCAAGCAGUGUCAGCAUCAAAUGACAUACCCGUGAUGUUUUUCCUGAUGGUGUUUUGCCUGGCGUUGGCGUCGCCUAUGAAUACCCCGCUCGCUCCUGGCGAUGCCCCGUGUUUAGCUGGGUUGUACACUCGUCUGAUUCAAUCGUUACCCAAGUGGACCGACACUCCGUUGUUUCUGCAUGGAGUCAAAGCUAUCCACUGUCUCAUGCAGUUCAUUCUGCAAGCCCGCGCUGCAGCUACAUCUCCGCCAAUCAAACCCGCCGAUUCGCUCGCUCUGGCCACAAUCCUCCUGCAUCACGUAGUCGCAUCUCCGCAAUCGGUCGUUCUUUUCCAGGUCCUGACCGACUUGGUAGCCGAAGCCCCGCUCUUCCAGCUGACGUUGCCGUUGCAAGCUCCGGUUGCGUUUCUAGCGCUCGCCAAUCACCCUAACGACAUCGUUCGUCGGCAUUGCGUGGCCCUCCUGCCGUCCAUCACCCCCCAUCCAUCCCACUUGGCCGUGGCGUUGGAUCGCCUCUUUGAUUCGGUGCCGAAUGUGGCGACUGCUGCGUUGCAAGCCGUGGGGAACCUCGCUGUUGUGAGCUUGGGGAACGCCACCGCCACCAUUACUCCGUCGGGACGACCCCAAACGAGUUUCAAACGAGCGGCCAAGCAGACAACAGACUACAAAAUCAACUUUAGCCCUGCCCAGUUUGAAUUGGUCGUGCGAUGGAUCGACUCGGGCGACCCCGACGACACGUGCGUCGCGGGGCUCCGACUCGAGCACCACCCCGCGCCGCUCGUGGCGUUGAAGGAGCAUGUAUGGGCUGCGUCGUCGUGGUGUGUGCUGAAUCGACUCCGCACACAUUGGGGGAACGCUGGCCACACGUUAGCGGCGCUGGAAAAGCUGCUGCUAAAACCAACGGUGGUGCAUCCCCGCCUCGUCGUAGAGUUGCUGCAUGCGCUGGAGUUGGCGAUUUCGCGCAUGCUCGUCGAGACGACAUCAAUACAUGACACGGACAACCACCACCAGCAGCUGGAGAAAGCGCUGUCGUUCUUCAAAACCAAUCGCAAAGUGUGCGACGACUGGUUCCUGCGCAUUCGACCUGCCCUUGUACGGCUCUGUGAUGCCACCGGCGCGUCGGGGCUCGGGAGGCAUCACGCGCUGGCCCUUGUGACAUCGUUGGCUGCCAAGGCCGCGACGGCAGAGUGGGAUGCCGCGAUGUAUGCAUUGUGCAGUGCCAGCUGCGACCUCCAAGACAUCCCCGGGCUGCUCGGGUACAUGGAAUACGCUGCCCACGUCGGCCAAUCCAAGCCGUGGAUGCCCCCGCUCGCGCUCGAAGCGCAGAUGCAGUACGAAGCGGCGACAGCGGGGUACGCUACGAUUUUAUCGCCGCUGGUGGCGCUCAGUCGGCAGCUCGAGUCGUCAGAGAACCACCGCAAUUCGGAAGCGGCGACGGGAGUACAAGCGUACGUGGCUAGCAUGGACAUGGGUCCCGUGUCGUUCAAGGGAGUGGUGCUGAGAUGUGCGCAAUGCUUUGCCUACCUCCAAGACUGGGAUGGUUGUCGGCAGUGGAUGAGCCAAGCUUUACAAGUGGCGGCGCUGUUGCGAACGGUGCAGCACUGGCUGACGGACGAAGUGGAGCAGCUAGCCAGUGCACUGAACGGCCUCGUGGCCGCGUGGGGACUGGAGCUGCGCAUGCUGCUUCCAGCGGACCAGCCGCCCGUCGCGUCGAGCACUCAUCGGGACCACCUUCCACCGCUGCAGGAGUGGACGGUGCUGUCCGUGGUUGACGACGCCAAAGCGCGCAACUUGCAUGACGGCGUCCAAGCGCACACAAAGUGGCUCAAGCAACGGCUGCGGGUCUUGGCUAUCGACAACCGAGCGGCUGCCCCUCACAGGGGGGACUCCAUGAGCCGGCAGCUGCGGCGCACCCUGAUGCAACUCCAGUGCUUUGUCCAGCCCAAGGUGCCCCGGACGUUGUCGUUGGAUCCGACCGCGCACGACUUGGGCGUAUGGUAUCCGCUAGCGUCCCGACUCACCGCCCCCAUCUUUGAGUUUGACUUGCAACUGAUUCGGUUGGCCAGAAAGCAAAGAAACUUCAAUUUGGCCACGACCAAACUCGCCAACGUUGCCGCCACGUCGACAGUGAACAAGCUACUUGUCGACUACGAACAAGCACAACUGCUGCAUGCGACGCAUCGCCACGCCCAAGCCGUGUCGACAUUGGUGCAGUUGCAAGCCAGUUUCUCGGCAACGACGGCAGCAACAACCGACUCGGAACGACGUGUGCAAGUGAAAACGCUCGUCAAAUUGGCCGCAUGGACAACAGAUCACCACCAGCCGCCAAUUCGUCAAAUGUAUUUGCACCACGCUACUACGGUGGACCCGUUGUCGUGUCGAGCGUGGCUAAGCUGGAGCCAUUACUGGUACCAGGUAUCCCACUCGCAAAUGGAAUUCAUCUCGGCAAACCAACACGAGUACGCGCUGACGAUCGACGAAAAGCAACAGUUCACUGCCAUCGUCAGCUCGUUCUCGGACCUUGGGGUGAUGGCGUCGGCGUUGCUGGCGGCGUUGCAGAACUUUGAAUCGUUCGUGUGCCCUGCACCAGUCCCUUGCGUUGAGGCGCUGGAUCGCCUCUCCGCAUUGUACCAACAGGCACGGACCCGCGUCUUGGCCGGGUACGCGUCCGCCAUCCCCGGAUACGUCACGUACCUCCAGUGCGCGUCGCCGUCGUCGCUCCAGUCGCAUGGCGCCAUCGUGACAUUGCGACUCCUCGGGCUAUUGGUCAAGCAUGGAAGCGAGCCAUCGCUUCAGUCGGCGUUGGACGCGGCGGUAACCGAGUCGCCUCUGCCGCCAUGGGAGCGCAUCGUCCCUCAACUGCUAUCCCGGCUAGCACAUCCCGACUCCAACGCGGCCGCGCGGGUGGAAGCCAUCUUGUUGCGCCUUGCCGCGCAGAAUCCGCAUUUGAUAGUGUACCCCGCAGUGGUCGAGUCCACGAAACUGACCGAGGCACUCGAUUCCGACCUUGUGGGUCAAGUGCGUCUAUUGAUUGCUGAACUCCGUCGCAUUUCGCUGCUGUGGGACGAAGCGUGGGUGUCGCUGCUGUCGAAAUUGUCGACAGAUGUCGCCCGACGUAGUCAUACACUUGAAAAGGAAGCCACGAGGGUUGAAAGGAAUGCGUUUUUGCCUGACAAUGAAAAGCGAGCGCUGGCCCAGCGCAAGUUUGUCGCGAUGAUGAAGCCAGUGUUGUUGGCCCUGGCCACGUUGGCAAAGGACACGAUUGAAACCACGUCGCAGACUCCGCAUGAACAUUGGUUUGCGCAUCAUUUUGGACCAUUGAUUACCUCGGCGCUGUCGACGUUUCAGCGCUGUUUGGACCCAAAUGACGACCUAGCGCUGCAGUUGCUACGCCCUUCUCAAUCUCAACCCACCCACACUCUGUCAUCCAGACUGGCGAAUCCGUGGGUGCAAUGUUUGUGGAGUCCGUUUGAAGACAUUCUAAAGCGACUGAACGCCUGUCAACGCCGGUCGAGUCUGCAAAUGGCGUCGAUUUCGCCCGUCUUGGCGUCGUGGGAAUCGUCGUUGGUGCACAUGCCGGGCAUGCCGACACUGCAGAUCCACCGCGUGGCCCCUGACGUGCAAAUUCUAGCGACGAAAACCAAGCCAAAGUGCUUCGAGUUGGUCGGAUCGGAUGGGGUCUCGCACCGGUACCUGUUGAAAGCGCGUGAAGAUUUACACCUGGACGAGCGGAUCAUGCAGUUGCUGGCCACCGUGAACGGCUGCCUUGGCUCGGACAAGCAAGCGAAGCACUACGACUUGUCUGCACGUCAUUACAAUGUCAUUCCGCUAGCAAACGACGUCGGGUUGAUUCAAAUGGUGCGGCAUGUCACGCCGCUGUUUCAGAUUUACACGGCGGCGGCCACAACUGGCCCUUCUUCCACCACCACCGCCAGUACCGACGUGAACUCUGUCGCAGCUGCGCCCACUGCGCCGUUUUACGCAAAGUUGAAACAGCACGGGAUCACGAAUGUGACACCGUCCGGACGCCCCCACUGGCCACUCACAACGCUGCGCCAAGUGUACACUGACUUGGUCAACGAACAUCCGAAAACGAACGUGCUGCUACAAGAGUUGAUGCGUCGGAGUGCGUCGUUGCAAGAGUUUGGGGCAAAGUCGACUCGGUUUUGCCGCAGUGUGGCCGUCAUGUCGGUUGUGGGCUAUGUCAUUGGUCUGGGGGAUCGUCACUUGGACAACAUGCUCUUGUGCCACAGCGGAGACCUCGUGCACAUCGAUUACAAUGUGUGUUUUGACAAGGGCAAAAAACUCAAAGUGCCUGAAGUGGUGCCGUUUCGGCUCACGUCGAUCGUGCUGGGCGCGCUGGGGCUCACGGGCACGGCCGGCCGCUUCCGCCACAGCAUGGAGACGACAUUGCGAGUGAUCCGCACGUCGAAAGCCAAGGAAACCACCUUGGCGUUGCUUGAAGCGUUUGUGUACGACCCCCUGGUCGACUGGAAAGAUGGGCCAACGCCCAAGAAACUGUGGCGCAUGGAAAUGAACGUGCAAUUGGCGUUGUUUUCGAGCCGAGCACAAGAGCGCAGGGCCGAAGCCAACGCCGCGCUUGCACACGUCAUGCACACGUGGCAGGUCGUGGAAGACUUGACAAGUGACCUGGUCCGUGCCGUGGGACCUGUGACAGGGCUCCACGACCAACUUUGCACUUUGCAAGCCACCCAAAACGAAUUGCACAAGCAAUUGGCCCAGUUGUUGGAGGAGGUCGAGGGUGACGAGGCCACGUCACAUCACGAGCAACUCGAACAAGUGUACAUGCACGCCAAGGACGAGCUCGACCACUUUUUCGACGAAUGUCAAGGUCGGAAAGGCGGUGUCCGCCAAUGGCUAGACCUGCCCGACUUGGGGCUGCCAGCGUUGGCCUCGUUUGCUCCAACGGCAAUGUCCUUCACGGACUUGUACAUCGCCCUCAACUUGGCCGAUCGAUCCCUGGAACAAAACUGCCACGCCCUGGACAAGGCCACGGACGCGUUGAUCGCUUUCUUGCGAUCAGUUUCCAAAGUCCAACCGGCUCUGUCCUGGUACGAACGCAAACGACCCCAGUUGUAUGGGUCUCUUCGGGGCCCCACGGUGUAUGACCAGUGGAUCGACUGGGUGGACCAAGCCAGGGCCAGCGAUGGGAAGUUUGAUGUGCACCAAGUGGUUCAAUUGGCCGAGGAAGAUACCCGUCUGCGACAAUGUCUGGAUGGUGUUGCAACUGCUCCUCGUCGAGAGAUGCCGCAAUUGGCAGUCGGAAUCAACGACCUAGACACGACAGGGGCGCACAGUCAGUUGAAUGCACUGACCCACGCCCUGUCUGAGCUCAAAACGACGUGGAAACUGUCGAAUGCCCAGCUCAAACGAGUGCUUAAAGUGGCCGUUGCGGACCACUGGCGCCGCCUACAAAGUAGUACAGACUUGUCCGUGGACCAGUUGGCCCUUCGGGUGCGGUCGGCGCAGUGGCUGUUCGAGGUGGGAAACAUGCCCAAGGGCACGUCGUUCCGCUACUUGCCUCUGGACGAGUGGCUUCUCCAUCCCGACACUAGGCCAUCUCAGGUCAUCCCGGCCUUGAUCCCGCUCCACAACUUUUGCCUCGCGAUUCGAUGUGCGCUACAUCUUGUGUACGAGUAUUUCCCACGGCUGGCGUACGGAACGUCUGCUACGUCCGUUGUGGAAGCGUUCCGAACGUCGUUGGACCAGGCAUAUGCGCUACCGUGCUGGUCUGCCCUGCUCGACUCGUUUGGGUGGGUAUACGACGACGUCCCAGUGACCACCCUGUCGCAAACCACUGGUUUGGAAGUUCCCACCCAUCGCCCUGUUGCGAUAUGGGACCUCCCUGGUUUACCCUCCCUUCGCCAGUGUCUGAACGCUAUGUGUGCCGCUGACAUCGCCCUCACUCGAGAUGGCAAUGUGGAGGCGACGCAGUACUACUGGUUGGACACUCUGGCCACCAUCGCACGGAUGGUCGCAGUAGACCAACAGCCUCCACAUGUAGUAGGAUCCUACUUAACAGCCCAGGCAGCGUCGGUGUUGGCUGCCGCGUCCGUCGCGCUCGAUGCCUGUCUGCACACCGACAUAUGCGUGCAGGCGUGGACAUUUCAGCCGAGUGACGCCACCACCCCCACCAUAAUCUCGGCCGACCAACUCGAGGCCGAAGUCCAGCGAGUCAUGCCGUUGGAUGCGCCGAGAGACUUUGGCUCGUCCCUAGCGUCAAGGUUGCAACUGGACCAACUCGUCGACACGAUGGCGGCAGUUGCGACCGCAUCCAUUGAACAAGCGCAACAAACCCAACUCGCGGCAUGGACCCAAGCGUUGGAAGCCCAUCGAGAUCAACUGGAUGCUCUGGCUGCGUGGUGGAAUGUGAGCGACCAGGGCGAUGCCGUGGACAGGUCCCGCCUCCUCGCGCUACUUCCACACAUGAAAGACAACGACGAAACCGCCACGACCCUGGCCCAACACGAGCAGUUGCUUGAAACGUUGCUAGCUCCAACCGCGUUGGCCUUGACAAGACAUGCCACGUCCGACGAUACACACCGUCGCAUUUCGCACGCUGUGGACCAAUCGUUGACGGCCACGCACGGCGUCCAAUCAUUCUCGGCGAUAGGGCGGUGGAUAGAAUACGUCGAGUCGACAUUUCGAGACAGCAAGAGCGCCACGUGUCGCGCGGUGGACGCGGAAGGCCACCGCGUGCUCUCGACAUUUGUCCAGGCUCAAACAGCGUGGACCACCCACACCCGUCGAUCGAUAACGUCAUCGGACCAGCGGCGAGCUGUGCAACAAGCCUUGGGCCAAGCAAUGUCGCAAGCAACGCGCGUUCGCCAGUCGCUGGUGGCCCAUUGGCUGGAAAUCAGGGAUGACGUGGCCAGUCCGUUGCUUGCGUUGGCACAGGCUGUGGCGGCGUUGCUCGACACGGACAAGGCGAAGUCGGCGGCGGUGCUGUGGGAAAACGAACGAUUGGUGAAAAUCCUAUCAAAAAGCACCAAACGCACCCCCGAGCUGGGCGAGUUGCAGGCCGCGGUGAGUGUGUACGAAGCCACGAGUGCAAAUCUCCACGCCAAAUACACUGCCGUCAUGCAGACGUGCGAUGACUUUGCACAACAAUGUUCGGAAAUCAAGGUGGCGGCGGCAGUAGCAUCGGCGCCUGCUACGACCAUGGCGUCGGUGGUGCGUGGUAACUCUAGCAAGCCUCGCCAGGACAAGUCACUAGCCACUCUCUCGACGGACGACCCGAUGACAGUGUUGAACGCGAUUCAACAGGUGAUUCAAGUGUCAUCCGAGAUGAGGCCGAUUCGACAAGCUAUGGAGACGGUGGUUGGGCUAUUUUUUGACAUUGCCGACCUUGCAACAUCGUUGUCCACCCACGAACGAUCCACCGACAAGGACGAGGGGGGGGCGGUGGUGGUGGUUGCUGCUGCCUCCCACGACAGCGACAGCAGUAGUGGCGACGAUGACAGUGUCACUGACGAAAGCGACGACGACGAUGACGUGGCCGUUUCAUCUGUUGAUGCUGCUGCGGCUGCUAUAACCGCCCCAAACAACCAAGUGCAAGCGCGCAACGCAUGUGGCCUCCAAGUUCUGCAUCGGGUCAAGCAAAAGCUAGACGGGGAAGCGUCGCAUCUAUCCGUGGAGCAACAAGUGCAAUGGCUCAUCCAAGAAGCGACCAGCGUGGACAACCUGUGCCAGAUGUACGAAGGGUGGACGCCUUGGAUUUAACCCCACUGACGAACAACCAUGUGGCGGCCUACAAGCCAAAGCUACGGUGGAUGGAAAUAUACAAGUGUUCACGAUGGCGUUACCUCGAUGGAUUUCUAGUGGGAAAGAGGCUCAAUGUGCACAACAGUGGCCAUUGGACGUGGCCGUCGAACGGACUGGGGAAGGGUGUCAUGGUUAGAAGCCCAACGCGUUGGCAUGCUCCAGUUGAUAUCCGACCGUAAAUGCAAUCAAACAACAUUCUUGGUUCAACUUACUUAAGGUGCCAAUAGUAUGACGGCA